CACUGUACCUCAGUACAUUUGACCACAGAUCCUCUGCUGCAGGAUCUUUGCGCUUGCCAAUAAUAAAGCGCUGUUGCUCCACCCUCUUGCUGCAUUGAGUCUCGGCGAUGGAGGAGGAGGCGGAGGGCCGGUGUUGCGCCGUGCUGGGCUGCACCAACAGCGGCGGCGGCCUGAGCGAGUGGCGGGCGGCCGAGUGUGAGCGGCACCGGCCUCUGCUCCGCGCCGACUGCCCGUGCCUCGAACCCUUCUGCUUCUACGGCUUCCCGAGCGGCGCCGAGGAGCGGGGCCACUGGCUGCAGGCGCUGCGGGGCCGCGGGCUGGAGCUGGAGCCCGGGGCCGGGGCCGCCGUCUGCUCGCUUCACCUGGAGGAAGGGACGCUGCUCCUGGGCCUCGGCCUGUGCAAGAAGCCUGCUGCCGGCCAAGUGGCGCCUCCGCCGGCUUCUCCAACAACAACAACAACAGUGGAGACGCGCUCGUCCCGGGCCCGCAAGCGGAGACACCCCGGCCCGCGGCCUUGGUUGCACCAGGAGCCGGCCGCUCCCGCCGCCGCCACCCCCGCCGCCCCUCCUCGCUCCUGGGAGCAGGCGGCCGUCCAGGCCAUCAUGCGGCUCCGCUGCGCCUCCAGCCAGCGGGUCGCCCGGGCCCUGAUCGCCUGCCUGAAGGGGGAGAACGACCACCUGAGGCAGCGGAGCCGGCAACUGGAGGCCGCGCUCGGCACCACCGCCCGGCAGCUGGAGCGGCUGCAACGCGAGUGUCGGUGUCGGCCGAGUCCCGAGGCCCGGGCGCCGCAUGAAGCCGGGGAGUCGCCAGAGCUGGUGCCGAGCAGCGAGGUGACCGUGGGCUGAGGGACUGACCUGACCUGACUUCACUAUUCUUCUUUAAUAUCAUUUUCACUGAGUACUCGCAUACACAGAGGAAACGAAAAAAAACGUUGUCUCUGUACUGUACACUGACAAUGACAAUUAAAGUUGA